CUUCGUGCACUCUAUUGCGCAUGCGCAGUGGGGCUCUCCCUUUGCAGCACUGUGGGAGUUUGGAACGGGUUCGUGUCGGGAUUUGGGGCGGAAGUCUCGCGAGAAGAGCUGAGCGGCGCGUGGGCCCGGAGGGGGCGUGGCCCGACGUGGGAUGAAGCGUCUUUUCUCGGUGAAGGAGAGACUGAGCCAGUUCGGUGGCUGGGCUUCGGAGGCAGAGGGCUCCUUGGCCGCCCUUGUAAACGUCGUCUUACUUAAAAGGAAAAAGGUAUUGACUUCAGAUCUGCUUUUUGAUCUCUCCGCAUUUGACGAUACAGCAGAGCUCCCUGGUGAGACAACCUGGGAUUGCCGGUGUAGUUGUGGAAAUGAGUCCUCCAACCUCCAUGGAUCAAGAAGAAAAAGACACAUUUAAAAUUUUAGUUGCUACUGACAUUCAUCUUGGGUAUAUGGAGAAGGAUGCUGCACGUGGAAAUGAUACAUUUGUAACUUUUGGUGAAAUCUUGAAACUUGCUCAAGAUCAUGAGGUGGAUUUUAUUUUGUUAGGAGGAGAUCUCUUUCAUGAAAACAAACCUUCCCGGAAAACAUUAUACACCUGCUUAGAACUAUUAAGGAAAAACUGUAUGGGUGACCGUCCUGUCCAGUUUGAAAUUCUGAGUGACCAGUCAGUUAACUUUGGAUUUAGCAAGUUCCCAUGGGUGAACUACCAAGAUGGAAAUCUCAACAUCUCCAUACCUGUGUUUAGCAUUCAUGGAAACCACGAUGAUCCCACAGGGGCAGAUGCUCUUUGUGCUUUGGACAUUCUGAGUUGCGCAGGGCUUGUGAAUCAUUUUGGACGAUCCCAGUCUGUAGAGAAGAUAGACAUUAGUCCUGUUUUGCUUCAGAAAGGCAGUUCAAAAAUUGCUCUGUAUGGAUUAGGGUCUAUUCCAGAUGAAAGGCUAUACCGGAUGUUUGUGAAUAAGCAAGUAACCAUGCUGAGGCCAAAGGAAGAUGGAGAUAGUUGGUUUAAUCUAUUUGUAAUUCACCAGAACAGGAGUAAACAUGGAGCUACAAAUUAUAUUCCAGAACAGUUUCUGGAUGAUUUUAUUGAUCUUGUGAUUUGGGGUCAUGAGCACGAAUGCAAAAUAUCUCCAACACGAAAUGAGCAGCAGCUUUUCUAUGUUUCUCAGCCAGGAAGUUCAGUAGUUACAUCACUGUCACCAGGAGAAGCUGCCAAAAAGCAUGUUGGUUUGCUGCGCAUUAAAGGGAAAAAAAUGAAUAUGCAGAAGAUUCCUUUGCAGACAGUUCGGCCUUUCUACAUUGAAGAUAUUGUUCUUGCAGACCAUCCAGACAUCUUUAACCCUGACAAUCCUAAAGUAACACAAGCAAUACAAGCUUACUGCAUGGAGAAGGUUGAAACUAUGCUGGACAAUUCAGAAAGAGAACAUCUUGGAAAUCCCCAACAACCAGAGAAGCCUCUAAUAAGAUUGCGAGUAGAUUACAGUGGAGGCUUCGAACCAUUUAGCGCUGUUCGUUUCAGUCAAAAAUACAUGGAUAGGGUAGCUAAUCCAAAAGACAUCAUCCAUUUUUUCAGGCAUCGGGAACAAAAAGAGAAAAACGAAGAUGAGAUUAACUUUGGAAAGCUGGUUCACAAGCCCACAUCAGAAGGAACAACUUUGAGGGUAGAGGAUCUAGUGAAGCAGUAUUUCCAGACAGCAGAAAAGAAAGUGCAGCUAUCCCUGCUGACUGAACGGGGCAUGGGAGAAGCAGUACAGGAGUUUGUAGACAAGGAAGAAAAGGAUGCCAUUGAAGAGUUAGUGAAAUUCCAACUAGAAAAGACACAGAGGUUUCUGAAGGAACGACAUAUUGAUGCAGAGGAAGCAAAAAUUGAUGAAGAGGUGCAGCGCUUUAGAGAGUCAAGAAAACAGAAUACAGUUGAAGAGGAUGAAGAAGUUCGUGAGGCUAUAAACAGGGCUAAAGCCCACAGAUCUCAAAGUGAUGACCAUGCUCCUGUCAUCAGUGACGAUGACCUCAUGGAUUCAGAUGAUUCUUCUGUGCCUACCCAGGGAAGAGGCAGAGGGAGAGGUCGAGUAAGAGGUGGAAGAGGCCAGAACACCACAGCGCAAGGAGCAUCUCGAAGAGGAAGAGGAAGUGCUGGUCAAGGCCAAAUGAACAGGAGCAGAAUGUACAAGCCUGUAUCUUCUCCUGCAAAAAACAUGUCAAUUAUGGAUGCAUUUAAGUCAUCAAGGCAGCAGCCCUCCCGGAAUAUGCCUUCUAAGAGUUAUUCAGAGACAAUUGAAGAUGAUGACUCUGAUCCGGAAGAAGUGUCCUUUACUCCUUCUUCUACUGUCAAUCAAAGAUUAUCAAGCACAUCAGCAUCCAGCAAAAUCAGCUCACAGAGCCAGGCAUUAAGAGGAGUAGAUUUUGAAUCAGAUGAGGAAGACUUAUUCAAGAAUACUACUGUUUCAAGAAGAAAUAGAUGAUGUUUUCAGAAACCAUUGCAUGGAAAGAUACUUGCUGCAGAAGGGGGGAAAACUCCUGAAUCUCUGUAAAGGAAUGUUAAGAAGUAUGCAAUCUUUUCCCUAACCAUUGCACUGUUUAUUGGACCUUACCUUGAAAUGUUUUGCUUCCUAAAGGUUUAAUCUUUGUAUAUGAAAUACUUUGAAGUACCUGUACAUAUUUAUUGUGUUGGACUGAGAGUUUGUAUGAAGAGAACAGUAUUCAUGGCACAUUCGCAACAAAAGAGGCAGGGCAGUUUUGUCCAGUUCCUCCUUCCCCCAACCUUUGAAAAAUCUGCACCUAUAUGGUGCCUUUGGUCCAUAAUGAAUUUUGUAGUUUCCUUACUUAAGUUCAUUUCUAUUCCCAAAUUAAAGCCAUUGUUUCUUUGAAUUAAAAAAAAUCAUUUUGAAAAUAAUUUUUACUCAUAAAGAGUAUGUGUCUUAAAAAUUAAGUUGGUCUUGGUAAAUGUUAAAUGGUACAAUAUUUUUUCACACAAAAAGUCCAUAUGUAAUAUAAUUACUAUAAUUUAUACAUCUUUUGUCACUUGGGGAAACAGGAGACCCAAAGAUGUUAAAUAUAUGAUACAGAAAAAUUAUAUAUUAAGUAUUCUCUUCCUCAUA